UCGAGAAAAAUGUCGGCUUGUUGAUUUGCGGGUCAAACAUUUCGGUGUUGUGUUUAUUUUAACGUGAAAUAGGGAAAACCCGAAGCCAAACAUGUCCUUUUCAGCGAAUAUUAGUGUCGAAGCUCCGAUAGAGAAUCAAAUUCAGGAGAUUGCUUACGACGGAACGGAAAUAUAUCAACUACCACCAACUCUAUCGGAACAUUUGGCAAAAUGCGCUGCUAAGAUUGAUUUUAGUAAAACAGCGAAUGACAUCGACUUGGUACAGCAAAGUAUAAAAAAAGAAGACGAGAAGAAGGACGAUGAAUCCAAAGAUCCAACUGCUCAUUUCCAAUCCAGUUUGUGGCCGUGGGAUUCCGUGCGGAACAAAUUGAAGGAAGCCUAUACGGAAGUGUGCGUACUGUCGGACGUUCUGGCGAUUGCAAAAGAGAAACGAUUUAUGGUGCUGGAUCCGAUUCCGCAGGAUCCACCGGAAGUAAAACCAAUGGUGCAGGUUUACGCUAGGAAAAAGGCUUUGGCUAGUGCUGCCAACAUUCUGUUGACUGGAGCAGAUAGACUGAAGACAGCGCAUACUGAUCAAGGAGGAACACGCAGCACACCGGAUUUCCAUAUAGAGCUCUUGAGGCUGAGAAGAAAUUGGCGAUUAAAAAAAGUAUCGAAUACGAUUAUCGGGGAUCUGAGCUAUCGAACAGCAGGUUCCAAAUUUAUGCAUCCGGGUAUGUUCGAAGUGACCAAAGCGGAAGAUGAAGAAACAAGCGAAGAUGGCACUAGCGGACCGACAUCAGCUAGUGGUCCGAAAAUCAACUCCGCACUGAGAGUCAAUGUACCAACGGAACUUCAAGGGGUUGCAUUUAUCAAAGUGAUAACACAGAAAGAUCAGGAAGAUUUAUGCACGGCAACCGUAAACAUGAUGGGAUCUACACAGCAGUGCACGUUGGCCGGGGCAUGGCAACAGACAUUAGAAUUUGCGCAGAAUGUUUUGUUCUGCAAGGAGUUGUUUAAUCAGUUGGCAAGGGAGGCUGUGCAGCUACAGGCACCGAUUCCCCACGUUGUUGUCGGUAAUCAAAUCCGAGCCACAUUACUUCCGGGAAUUCAACUAAUAAUCUCACUUUGUCACUCGACAUCCUCCGAUUCGAACAACAGCUCCGAACCGAUCAAAGAUCAUGAUCAUGUCCUGGAACAUUCACUUCAUCAAUUGCUGAGGGAAUUCCACCAUAAAAACACUCACCAUCCAUUCCCACAUCCUGCCAGUGCACCUCUCGGUCCAAGCAAAAAACGAAUGCUCGCAGGACCUUCGGCUUUCGAUCGGUACGAGUUGCUCGAAAUGACCAAAUCUCAAACCUUGCUGGAGCAAAUAAUCGCCCAAGCUCAGCACAUCUUUACACGUCGCCGGGCCCAAUAUGUAUUGGACACUUUAGCCAGGGACGUCAAAGAUCCUCAAAUUACUUCGCAUUGGAAUGCUAUGAACAGUCCUACGAUGUCCUGUGUCAAGAUCAAUAUCACCUCCCAUGGAUACGAUGCGAAUCUGCGAACUUCCCUCGUCAUUCAUGUGAAGGAGCGUUCACUGAAAUGCAUCUGCCGGGACGGUCGCAUAAUGCACAUGUCCUACGAAAUGCAGGAGCUGCGUGAUUUGAUUCUCUGUCAAAUCAGCCAACACCAGAUUAUUUGUCUGCAAAGUUUGGCCAAGUGUAUGGCCUGGCAGAUACUGUCGAACAGCAGUCACCUGGGAAUCGGUUCGGUGGAACCGCUGGGAAACGCCAGUUCCUGUGUGUUGGCCUCACCGAACAGCGAUCGGUUGAUUGCGGUGCAGGUUCGGUGCGACCCACAGAUCGACGUCAAAGUUUACAUCGCUCAGAGUCCUGGCAAGGAUUUCUUCCCUGGUUCGCUGGUACAGGGCCUCCACUGGGCUCAUCUCGGCGGUCACUUCAAGGAGGUUCGUUUCGAUAAGAUGGAAGGUAAAAAUUUCCACAACAAAAUGGAAUUUCUGAUGGCAAGCCUGACAAGCCAAUCAUAACCACUACUGGAGAAACUGUUCCUGGACGUUGAUACGGGCAGUGAAAGCAGUAACCACCAACAACCGGAUUUGGGUCAAUUUACGCUUGACCUCAGCACUCGAAUGGACUGAGAGGUUAUUCCUAGGAUCCUUUUGAUGCAUCUUUGAUAGUAUUCAAUUAUUGUCGAUUGCCUACGAUUGGUUUAAGAUUAUCUAGUAAAGAUAUUUUGAUUAGCCCCA